UCUUUCUAUGUUACAAUUUCAAGGCGAUUUGUUUAUCUUUUAUAUCUUCUUAAUUAUUAAUUGUGUUAAAAUGAAUUCAAACCCCUGUGAUCACUAAGUUAACUCAGUAAUUUACUGACGUAAGCUUCGCAAUGUCUUUCUAUUAUUUAACACCCGUGAAAGGUGAUAUGCCAGCGCACUUACUUGAAACAAUUGUCUCGACGAGAUUGGAUUUUUUAAAGGCUAUUUACAAAGGAGAUACCAUUGUUUAUAACGAAUACAUGGUCGAAGGAAGUAUAUACGAUAACGUUGGGCACUUUAUGUUAUGUAUCGUAACUAUUUUGACCGGAAAUACAGCCUUUUCUCAGUUCUUUCUAAAAGCAGAAACGGAACUGUUCAAGAGACGCAUUAAUACACUUUCUGCAUACGAUUUAAGACGAUUUGCUAAGAGACUUCUAAACAGUAUUAAACGUAGUGACGAUACUCCUUCUUGUGAAGCAUUGAAAGUAUUGUGCCAGCAUCUUGUGUUGAAAAAUUUAGCUCACCAUAUUUCAAUAUCUCAUAAUACAAACUGCUCAAUACAUAGCAUUGAAUUAAAUUUUAAACAAUGUCUUAUGUUCGUAGCUAGCAGGCAGGUUGAAAUGAAACAAGGCAUGGCGAAAUUGCCAUGUGGUAAAUGGCUACAAUAUUUAUUAUCACUAUUUAAUACUAAUUUAAGGUACAGAAUAUCUCAGACAGAUGUGACACCACUAAGAAGUGAUCCUCGCAUCACUGACAUGUUAAAUAAAAUAAGGAAAGACUUGAUACCAUUCAUGAGCAGUAAUACAGAGGUACUUCUCAGUAGAAAUGUGGAUAGUUCAACUAAAUUCUUCCCACCAUGUAUGCUAAAUUUGCAUAGAAACCUGCGGGCCAGACACAGAUUGUCUCACACACAAAGAUUCUUCUACAGUCUCUUUUUAAAAGAUAUUGGUAUGCCUGUGGAGGAAGCUAUAGAUUUUUGGAGAAAUGAAUACAAACUGAAUCCAAACGGCACCCAUGUUUGUUGCCACAGUUGGGAAAAAGAUGAAAAAAAGUACCUCUAUGGUAUAAGACAUAUGUAUGGACUUGAAGGUGGUAGAAAGAACUAUACAUCUGUAAACUGUCAAAGAAUUCAAGGGUCAGAUAAUGCAUGUUCAGAAGGUGGAUGUCCAUUCAAAUUUGACUAUCAACAGAUGGUGAAGCUUCUUCCUGGAUGCCCAGAUAAUGUUUUGUCUCAAAUAAAUGAAUUUAAAAGAAAGAGGCAGUAUAAUGCUGCAUGUAGGACAUAUUUACAAAGUAGUUUAAACACUGACUGUGAUAGUAUAAGCUUUAGUUUUACUCCUGUUAAAUAUUACAUGAUUGCAUCUAAGUAUGAAAUGCAGUCAAAUUGAAAGUUGUAUUUUUUUCU